GCGGAUAACCGUUUGACCUCACAUACAACGCUGUUGUCCAAUCGGCGAUUCUGCGCAUGCGCAGAUUGUUUGUUUCCUGGUCGGCUCAUAGCAACCGGAGCAGCCUAUCAAAAUGGUGGGAAAAGGAACAACAAUAAAAGAAGCACUGGCCAAAUGGGAGGAGAAGACCGGGGAAAAGUGCAGCGAGGCCACAGUUGUAAAGCUCAUUUGUCAGAUUCCCCCGAUUGAAAAAUUGGAUUCCACUCUUGCCAAAAUCCCCAAUUGCGAAAAGCUGUGUCUGUCCACAAACUGCAUUGACAAAAUAACCAAUCUAGGGGAACUGAAAAACUUGAAAAUUUUGUCAUUGGGUAGAAAUAAUAUCAAGGCCUUUACUGGCCUGGAUGCAGUUGGCGACACAUUAGAAGAGUUGUGGAUCUCUUAUAACCUGAUAGAGAAAAUGAAAGGUGUUCAUUUGAUGAAAAAACUAAGGAUUCUCUAUAUGUCUAACAACCUAGUCAAAGAUUGGGGAGAGUUUUCAAAGCUGGCUGAUCUACCAUGCCUUGAAGAUCUGGUGUUUGUGGGAAAUCCUCUAGAAGAGAAAGCUGAAGCAUCUUGGUCCAUUGAAGCUCCUAAAAGGGUACCCAGACUGAAAAAACUGGAUGGGCAUCCAGUCAUUAAAAGAGCUGAAGAUGAAGACGGCGGCUGAUAGGCUUUAGUACUGCAUUGCCGGAAAACUACAUUUUCUUUGGAAGGCAUCUUUUUGAAAUUUUUCACAAAUCUGAUGUGCUAUACCAGUCCCGCAGCGUGAUGCUACUGUCAGUAUCAUUUGAAUAGUUAUCUGGUUGAAGGCAUUCAAUAGCUUUAUCCUUUUCAACAGGUCCAUGUAUAUUGUGGUCAAACUGACUAUAAAACAUACCCCGAGAAAGCAAAGCAAAAAAGACUUAUUUAUAUAGCGCAUUUCAUACACAAGGUUACUCUAUGUGCUCUACAUUAUUAAAAACAUUUAAAAACAAAGAAAAAAAAACAGCUUAUAAACAUUUAAAACAAAGAGAAAAAUAAAUAAAAGUACAAUCAGAAACAUGCUAUGCAAUUGGCUGGCGUCCGGUUCAGGGUGUACUCAGCCUCCCGCCCGAAGAUAGCUGGGAUAGGCUCCAGCUGCCCGCGACCCUAGUGAGGAUAAGCGGUAAAGAAAAUGGAUGGACGGAUGGACAAUUAAAACAGCCUACAGUGCAAUAAAUAUCAUUUAAAAGUGGAAAUGCUCUAAAAAGCAUGAGAAAAAAAGAAGAGUUUUUAACCUGGAUUUAAAAACAUUCACACUUGGGGCUGAUGUCACUUCUGUUGGCAACUUAUUCCAUUUGCGUGCAGCAUAAUAGCCAAAUGCUGCUUGUUUGCUUUGCUCUGUGCUCCACUAUUUGACCUGAGCCUGUUGAUCUCAGAGCACUACUGGGUUUAUAUUCCAUUAGAAUUGGAGUAAUAUUCUCUGACCUCUUUGUUCUGGUCAGAACCCGAGCUGCAGCUGUUUAAUGCUCUUUUUGGGGAGUCCAGUCAGAAGACCAUUACAAUAGUCAAGUCUACUUGAGAUAAAAGCAUGGAUGAGCUUCUCCUGGUUUGCUUGACACAUGCAAGCCUUCACUCUGGAUAUGUUCUUCAGAUAUUAGAAGGCAGUUUGAGUAAUUGAUUUUAUAUGACUGUAGAAAGUCAGGUCGGAAUCGAUCAGAACACCAAGACUUCGGACUUGGUCUUUGGUUUUUAAAGAGUGUGACUCCAGGUAUUUACUAACAGCAAUCCUCUUCUCUUUAUUGUCAAAAACAAUUAUCUCAGUUUUGUUGUGGUUUAAUCGAUGAAAAUUUUGGCUCAUCCAGAUAUUUAUCUGUUUAAGACAGUGACAGAACACCGUAAUUGAACUGUAGUCAUCUGGAGACACUGCUAGCUAUAACUGUGUGUCAUCUGCAUAGCUAUCCAUGUUCUUUUUUUUUAUGUGUUCAAAAGUCUUAACUAUGAGUAUUGUCAAGAUCUCAGAUUGCACCACAAGGAGGCGAUUCGAGGUCCAUCCAUCCAUCCAUUUUCUGAGCCGCUUCUCCUCACAAGGGUCGUGGGCGUGCUGGAGCCUAUCCCAGCUAUCAUCGGGCAGGAGGCGGGGUGCACCCUGAACUAUUCAACUCCAAUUGCAAACAGGGAACGUACCUAAGAAUCCAACCUUUGGCUGUAGCUACCAAAUCCUCCAUGUAGUCUUGGCAUUUCCCUUAAUCCAUUUUCUAUACCGCUUAUCUGGGCGACAUUGAAUCUGGAAUCUAUCCCAGUUUAAUUUAACAAGGGUACUGUUCCACAAGAACAACAAAAGAGGGAUGCUUCUUAUUUUUGAAAUGAUCCAUGUAUAGACUGCAACUGGGAAAUGUGCAGUGGACUUUGCAGCACUAUGUGCAUUUUCACCAACUGUUUCUCCUCCAGUGACUUACCUAAAAGCAUGUACUGAGUACCUUUGCUCAUUUGUGGUAUUCUAGAUUGGCAGUAUUCAGUAUUCAUAGUUGUGAAUGGUGGUGUAAAUUGUUGUUUGGUUUGAUCAUACUGUAUGUGGGUCAAGGCAGGUGAGUGAAAUACUUUUGGCAAUAUAGUGUACCUGCUUACCAAGCGAUAACAUUCUAGCACAUAAACCACUCCCAAAUUGAACUUUCUUCCUGAGAUGUAGCAGUGCUAACGAAAGCGUCGGCCUCCUUUUAUUUGAUGGGGACUCUGAAUACAAAACCUUCUGGGGAAGACUUUCCAUUUUAAUUUUGGUGAAUAACAGUUUCACCCAUAAGGCACUGAAUAUCAGUUGAUAUACUCUAUGCUUGCAUUGUACAAUGGAUAUGAUAGUUGCCCUCUUUUUCUAUUGUUUCCAGGGCAACCAGUCAUUAAAAGAGCUGAAGAUGAAGACGGCGGCUGAUAGGCUUUAGUACUGCAUUGCCGGAAAACUACAUUUUCUUUGGAAGGCAUCUUUUUGAAAUUUGCCACAAAUCUGAUGUGCUAUACCAGUCCCGCAACGUGAUGCUACUGUCAGUAUCAUUCGAAUAGUUAUCUGGUUGAAGGCAUUCAAUAGCUUUAUCCUUUUCAACAGGUCCAUGUAUAUUGUGGUCAAACUGACUAUAAAACAUUCCCCGAGAAAGCAAAGCAAAACAUAUUUAUUUAUAUAGCGCAUUUCAUACACAAGGUUACUCUAUGUGCUUUACAUUAUUAAAAGCAUUUAAAAUUGCGGCACGGUGGCCGACUGGUUAGAGCGUCAGCCUCACAGUUCUGAGGACCCGGGUUCAAUCCCUGGCCCCGCCUGUGUGGAGUUUGCAUGUUCUCCCCGUGCAUGCGUGGGUUUUCUCCGGGCACUACGGUUUCCUCCCACAUCCCAAAAACAUGCAUUAAUUGGAGACUCUAAAUUGCCCAUAGGUGUGACUGUGAGUGCGAAUGGUUGUUUGUUUGUAUGUGCCCUGCGAUUGGCUGGCAACCAGUUCAGAGUGUACCCUGCCUCCUGCCCGAUGAUGGCUGGGAUAGGCUCCUGCACGCCCGCGACCCUAGUGAGGAGAAGCGGUUCAGAAAAUGGAUGGAUGGAUGGAAGGCAUUUAAAAUCAAAGGAAAAAAAACAGCUUAUAAACAUUUAAAACAAAGAGAAAAAUAAAUAAAAGUACAAUUAGAAACAUGCCCUGCAAAUGGCUGGCGUCCGGUUCAGGGUGGACUCAGCCUCCCGCCUGAAGAUAGCUGGGAUAGGCUCCAGCAACCCGCGACCCUAGUGAGGAUAAGCGGUAAAGAAAAUGGAUGGAUGGACAAUUAAAACAGCCUACAGUGCAAUAAAUAUCAUUUAAAAGUGGAAAUGCUCUAAAAAGCAUGAGAAAAAAAGAAGAGUUUUUAACCUGGACUUAAAAACAUUCACACUUGGGGCUGAUGUCACUUCUAUUGGCAACUUAUUCCAUUUGCGUGCAGCAUAAUAGCCAAAUGCUGCUUGUUUGCUUUGCUCUGUGCUCCACUAUUUGACCUGAGCCUGUUGAUCUCAGAGCCCUACUGGGUUUAUAUUCCAUUAGAAUUGGAGUAAUAUUCUCUGACCUCUUUGUUCUGGUCAGAACCCGAGCUGCAGCAUUCUGAAUGAGCUGCAGCUGUUUAAUGCUCUUUUUGGGGAGUCCAGUCAGAAGACCAUUACCAUGGAUGAGCUUCUCCUGGUCUGCUUGACACAUGCAAGCCUUCACUCUGGAUAUGUUCUUCAGAUAGUAGAAGGCAGUUUGGGUAAUUGAUUUGAUAUGACUGUUGAAAGUCAGGUCGGAAUCGAUCAGAACACCAAGAUUUCGGACUUGGUCUUUGGUUUUUAAAGAGAGUGACUCCAGAUAUUUACUAACAGCAAUCCUCUGUUCUUUAUUGCCAAAAACAAUUGUCUCUGUAUUGUUGUGGUUUAAUUGAAGAAGAUUUUGGCUCAUCCAGUUAUUAUUUAUCUGUUUUAGACAGUGACACAACACCUCAAUUGAACUGUAGUCAUCUGGAGGCACUGCUAGAUAUAACUGUAUCAUGUGCAUAGCUAUGAUAGUCAAAAUUAAAGUUCUGAAGAAUUUAACCCAAGGGUAGCAUAUACAGGCUGAACAGGAGGGGUUCAAGAACUGAACCUUGAGGGACCCCAUAAGCCAUUGCCAUUCGAUGAGCUUGAACAUUUCCAAUGGUUACAAAAUAACUCCUUUCCUCCAGGUAGGACCUGAACCAGUUAAGGGCUGUUUCAUUUAGUCCUCCCCACGUUUCCAACCUGUUCAGCACUAUAUUAUGAUCUACCGUAUCAAAAGCCGCACUGAGGUCCAACAAGACAAGAAUUGACACCUUUCUCAAGUCAGUAUUCAACCUUAUAUCAUUUAGCACUUUGAUAAGAGCAGAUUCUGUGCUGUGAUGAGUUGGGAAACCUGAUUGAAAUUUGUCAAAAAGUCCAUUUCUGUUCAAGAAAUUGCUGAGUUGAUGAAAAAUAACUUUCUCAACCAUCUUGGCUAUAAAAGGGAGAUUUUACGAUGGGUCUAUAGCUUGCUAACAUGGAAGAGACUUAAUGGCAUGGAAGAGGCUUAAUGGCAGCUACUUUAAGAGCUUUAGGAAACUCGCCUGACUGAAGUGAACAAUUGAUUAUUUGCUGCAAUUCAGCUAGCACAGGCUUCGCAAUAGCUUUGAAAAAGUCAGAUGGUAUUGAGUCAAGACAGCUUGAUGGUUUCAGUUGCUGAACCGUGUUCUCUACAGUUUUAUGGUCAACUGUCAAAUUCGGACAUGGUAAAAAGAGUUUUUCCUGGGUGGCUUCAGAUGAAGUAUAAUUUUAUCAUUUUGCUGAUUUGUGCUCAUAUUUAAGAUGAUGGAUUGUGUUUUUUCACUAAAAUAACAAGCAAAUUCAUUGCAUUUAUCAGCUGUUAGGAGUUCUGGAGCUAUCUGAUUCCAGGUGAAAUUAUCCAAAAGUUCAUCAACUGUUUCAAGAUUCACAGUUUGUGGCACAGUCUUCAUAAACUUAGUGGCGGUAGUCUCAUUUAUGUACCUUUUCUCAAAAGAAUACACAAAAAUGGUCAGAAAUAGCCAUAUCCUAAGGUCAAUUGAUAGAAUUUCAACAUCCUUCGAGAUGACCAGGUCUAAGAUGUGACCUUGAGUGUGGGUAGGACUUAUGUUGAGAGAGGUCAAACGUGUCUAGUAUAGCAGAGAGUUCUUCAGAUUUUUUUUCAUGUUAUUGUCAAAAUGAAUGUUAAAGUCUCCCUUUAUGACAAAAUAGUUGUCGUCAGUACAAAUAACUGACAGCAGUUCUGAAAAAUCCUCUAAAUUUUCCAUUGAAUAUUGGAGGACUAUAAAUUAUUCAAACAAUAACCUUUGGGUCACCUUUAACUAAAAAAACAGAGCAAUUCAAAAGAGCUAAAAUCACCCAGUAUAAUUUCUUGACACUGAAAUAAUGACUUAAAAAUAACAGCAAUACCACCGCCUUUUUUUCCUUAUUUGACACUUGUUCAUAAAAUUUAAAUUUCCUGGUGUUGCCUCAUGUAAAAUGGUAUUACAGCUUCUUUCUGUUAACCACGUUUCAUUUAAUAACUAAGUCGAGAUGACAGGUUGCAAUGAUGUCAUUAAUCAACAUUGAUUUAUUACCCAUGAAAAAUGGGAUGAAAAAUGCCUAAUCUCCAUAGGGGUCUGGCUUAUUCUUGGAAAGACCUCGUAGCUAUCAGUUAGAUUCGCAGAUAAUAUUCUUCAUGGGUGGAGGAGAGACCCUUUGCAUCUUAGUGGACGGUGGUUUCAGGCGAGGGUGGAUGGGAGGAAGAUCUUGGCGUGGUGUGGGCUUGACUCCAAUAUUGACAAUAGCCUUCACCCUGUCUGUCAGACCUAACAUGGCAUUUAGGCUGUUUUGCGUUGGGCUUUGCUUAAAAGGGACAGGGAGGGGUGUGGGAGAUUGAAAGUCCUGCCUCAUCUCAUUUCAUUCCUCCGAUUGGUUGAGUGACGCUGAUAAAUCCAUCUGCUCCUCGUGUCGCCUUAUCUCUUGUUCCUCCGAUUGUUUGGGAACAACUGCAUCCUUUUGUCCUUCAGCCGUGUCAACAAAGCCAGUGUUUUCCUUUCGGGCCGCUGAAUGACGUACACAGCAAAAAAGCAGAAAUUGUCAAUGAAAUGCACGGGUAGUGCAGUACACACAUCUUUGAGCCACUUACUUAAUUGACUGAGCCUACUGAAACGUUCAUCUCCAAUUUGUACCGCUGGGAGUGGUCCACUUAUGAAAACCUCAGCAUCCAAACAUUGCACACUUCCGUACCUCUGAUUGCUGCUUGACAACAUCCAGGGCCCCUGUGUGUACAAUGACCGAUUUCACAGUUGGGUGCUGAUUAGUGAUCUCCAGGUUUUGUUUUUGAGAUAUCAAGACAUGAUGUCAUUGGUGUAACAUAGUACUUGGAAGUAUCUUCCAAGUCAGCUAUAAAGUUCAGUCCAGCAUAAUGGUGUCAGUUUUGUAAGUGCUUGGAAAACCAGUACUUCUAAGAAGUAGUACAACUGAAAAGAGGGUCUGCAUUGCAGAACUACAUGCUUCUCUUUGUUCCUCUAGUUGAGUCCCGUGGCACCCUACGAUGAGAGAUCAUCAGGGGUGUUGCGGGAAAUGAUCGAUUUUUACAAAAUUUAUUUGUCAACAAUGUUUAGUGACAGGGAAAACAAUAAAGCGUUCUUCAAUUGGAUGGCAGAAGGUGCAAUAACUGUGCAUCCACCUGAUGCCAUUCACGCUACAGAAGAAGGCAUGGCUUCCUGCGAGUAUAUUAGCUUAAACAGGCCCAGAUUGCACACUGAGUAAAACAAUUUGUGGUUAAAUUUAUAUGAGGUCAUCUUUAUUUCAGUUUUCAUACUUUUUUGUGACAUUUUUUUGUUUGGUGCUGUGCUGUUAGAUUCUUCUAAUGUAAAAUGGGUGCUAUCCUUUUCCAAUAUUAUACCACAGUAUUAAGACAACUAAAACAAAACAAUUACCUGAAAUACCUUCAUGCAUACCUUCAUUUCAAGAUACAAUAAAAUAAUUUCACUUCCA